UCGUGAUUCUUUUGUCCCGCGUCGACUGCAGUGGCAUGCGUGUACCGACAGAACGCGAACAUGUCGUUUAGCCCUUGGAUCCUCUGGAGCGCACUCUCCCAUACUGCCAGACUGUCCACCGCCCUUCAGAUCCUGAUCUUCCUCCCUCUCACACUAGUCACACUCUCCAAACCAGCCUUCCUCCUGCUCUCCCUCCUCCUCACCGUGCACGCCGCCAUCCAUGGCACCAUGAUCCUCUUCUGGGGUUCCCCCGCGCUAUCGCUCCUCCAAGUCCCGAUGCACCCGUUCCUCCUCCUCGUCUGCUUUAAUGCAUUCUCCACCUCCGUCCAUCCGUGGCUCGGCCCCGCCACCUCCAUAUGGGGUACGAUACUCACCUACAUGGGCCCGCUGUUCAUCGCGCUGGAGGGCCUAUCGAGUUUGGUGGUGGUGCAGAAGCUGGGGCAACAGGGGAAGAAGUUGGUAGAGGAGGGGGAGAUAUAUCAGUUUGGGUUACUCAUUGCUUCGGCUGGGACGUAUGUGGCUAGUGCUUGGUGGAUUGUUAAUGCGUACCCUGCGGCUGCGUCUUCCCCGCUGUCCUCGACGUUUCUCGGAGUUGCGAUUACCGCGUUGCUCUUUCUUACCUUCAUUGGCUUCUUUUUGAGACGGACGAAUAUCAUCGAGUCUUCCGGCCUGGCUUUGUUCAUGGCGUACAAUGUCUGGCUUUGUGGAUUUGACCAGGAGUUAUCUUCGGACCCGUCUUAUUCUUACGUCCCGCUCCUCCCAAACCUGAUUCCUCAUCUCCAGACUUUGCUCAAUUUCGUUACGAACACGCUGCCUAAACCAGUGUUGGUGGCUUUGUUGUACCGACUGACGGUGUUGCAGCUGGCUUCGAAGAUCUUGCCGGGUAUCGGCGCCGACAGUUGGGACGACGAAGAUGGUGUUGAUAAUGGCUGGGAGGAUCGACCGACGUUGACGUUGACUCGGAUACUCUUGACGUACCGACAAUUGAUUUUCGUGACUGUGUACUCUCACCUCCUCUUGUUGGAUCAUUCAUCCCAAGUAUGGUGGCGAUGGAUAAACAUCUUCUUCACGCUGGUUAUGUGGUCCAUCGAACUACUUGUUAGUACUGAAGACGAUACGGUCCAAAAAGAAUGGAAGGUAGAUUAAUGUUUCACGGUUCCUGUACUUGUUAUGCAUUCGCUUUCCAUUCUGCUUGGCUGUCACCCAUUCCCUCGUAAUAUUCUCGUUUUAAACCAGUGCUGUUUGCUUUACUAUCCCAGGUAUGGUGGCGACGGGCUGUCUUACUGGGCAAGUCGAUGUAACCGCAAGCAUUGUUAGGUGGAGUGGUAAGACUUGCAGCCAUAGUCGCUGCUGUUGUUUGAACAUAAUCGUUGUAAUGGAUGAUGGCAUUUGGGACUACUAGCUCGUACGCGAGCACAUCGAUAGCGAGCCCAUACUGGUUGCUCAGCCACGAAUACCCUUCAGAAAGGCUUUCAGCUAGGACUUGGAUCCUCACAUGGCAUCGUCAGGAAACAAGUUGGUUCGGCUGAUCCCGAAGCACUUUUCUUCCUUCGCACAUUAAGCGCGUUCAGCUAGGCGCAAC